GUUGCCGGAAGGGCCGCGCCGCCCUGCGCUAUGCUGGCCCUCGCCGGCUUCCGUCGGCCGCUGGCGGCGGCGGCGCGGGGCGGCGGCGGCGGCGGGGCCAUGCCCCGAAAGGGAAAAGCGGCCGGGAAGGGGCCCGCGGAACUGGGCGCCGCCGCGGGACCGGUGGUGGCGGCGGGUGAGGGCUGCGUGAGGGUGGCGGUUCGCGCCAAGCCCGGCUCCCGGUGCAGCGCCGUCACAGAUGUGACAGCUGAGGCAGUAGGUGUAGCUAUUGCUGCACCUCCAUCAGAAGGGGAGGCAAAUGCAGAGCUGUGUCGCUACCUCUCUAAGGUGCUAGAAGUGAAGAAGAGUGAAGUUAUUUUAGAGAAGGGUGGUAAAUCACGUGAAAAAGUGGUGAAGAUUUUGGUAUCGAUGACACCAGAUGAGAUUUUAGAAAAACUGAAAAAAGAAGCUUCCAGUUGACGUAAAACAAGAGCGGGAGAUGGGACAAUGCAUCUUGGAUUCAGGAUACACGAGGAAAUGGCCACGAAACAAUUGUUCCUUUACCUGAGCCAUGCUCUUUCCCGUCCUUGCCUGGGCUGUACAAUGUACCCUUCCACUCCCUUCUUACCUUAGAACAACAAAAAAAUUUAAUUCUGGUGAUGGAAGUAUCCUCUGAGCUGCAGGGUUGGAGAAAUAGGGUUUGCCCAUGUUGGCAAUUUAAGGUAAAGCUCCUUUACAUUCUUCUAGCAGUUUAGCUGUAGCUGGUGUUUAGAGGAGGGUAGGUGUACCCCAAGCUUGAUGCUCCAUCAGCUCACUUCAGAGUGGGUGUUUCAAGCGUGUGGCUUCUAAAUGAGUAACAUGAACUUGAUCUGAGAACAUGUGUCCAACAGAGCUCUUGCACUAAACUGAUGUAAACUCCAGAGGUUUUGUAUGCUGUAUUUAAAUGUUCAUACCAUUACAAGCACUGAAGCAGUAUUCUUAAA